CCCGACAGCCCAGUUUGUUGUCCAUUUCUUUUCUCGGAUAUAAUAUCAGAACUUGAGAUAUACACCGUCAUUCAGCCUACAACAAUGAUCACAAUUACAAUCAUCUCUGACAAUGUCUGCCCUCACUGCUUGCUGGCGCGCAACCGGCUCAACCGUGCCCUGGAAAUCUUUCGCAAAACGGUCCCUGGUGGCUCUACCACACCUAUAUCCAUCCACUGGCAAGCACAUUUACUACAGCUAACUUCGCCCCAAGCGUCUUAUAUCCCCAGCUCUGGCUCAACAUCUGCAUCUUCCAUCACGGAGGCAAAGUUUGGCGCCGAGCGCGCCCGCGCCAAGCAGGAAAAGCUAGCCCGGGCCGGUGCUGCUGAGGGCAUCAAUUUCAGUUUCACGGGGAAAAUUGGCCCGACACGCGACUCCCACAGGCUGGUGGCACUUGGCAAGACGAAAGGGUGGGAAGUAGCAGAUGCACUUGUCGUGGCAAUCAUGAAGAUGUACUUUGAGGGCGGUGGCGACAUUACAAGUUUCGAUGACUUGGUGGGUGCAGCCCAACGGGCAGGUAUUGAUGCAAACGAGGCUCGAGAAUGGCUGGAGAGUGGAAAAGGUGACACAGAAGUGGAUGAAGAGGUUAAGAAGAGCAUUGCUAUGAACAUUACCGGAGUGCCCACUAUCAUCAUCAACGACAAGUACACAGUGGACGGUGCGGAAGAUAUGUUUGGGUUCCUUGAAGCAUUGUCAAAAGCCAAAGAUGAUGUUUCGGCUUGAAGAGAGACAGAAAUUGUGGUAUAAACACUACUAAUGACAUCUAAAAACCGAUAUUUUCUAGAUUUUAGUUUCUCGUAUCAAGUAUAUAUACUUAUUUACUCGAAUGGGUUGUUUCCCAGUCAUUGAUGGGCGUUAUUCCCAGGCUUCCUAACCCGUACCCCCAUUGCCGGCUCAACUG